AUGGGGGCUCCCCUUCAACCCCCCCCCCCCGCCGUGCACUGCAGGUUGGAGCGGACGCAUGCGCGGCUGCAGGAGCUGUGGCAGCAGCUGCACGGGGACAUGCAGGCGUUGCAUUCCUGGCAGCUGCUGCUGCGCGACAUCCGACACAUCCAGAGCUGGACGCAGCUCACGCUGCGCACGAUGGCGGCCGAGGAGUGCCAGCGGGCGCUGCGCAGCCUGGAGACGCAUUACCAGCAGUUCCUGCAGCACAGCGCCGACGCGCGCUGCUUCCAGCCCGACGACCGCAUGCAGCUGCAGCGCGACUACAGCGCCUGCACGCAGAACUACGAGCUGCUGCUGCGCGCGCAGGAGAAAGGAGAGCAGGAGGAGACGCUGCGGCGCAGUUACAUCUCGCAGCUGAAGGACAUCCGGCUGCAGCUGGAGAGCUGCGAGAGCCGCACCGUGCAUAAACUGCGCCUGCCCCUCGACAACGAGCCCAGCACCGAAUGCGCACAGCGCAUCGCCGAGCAGCAGGAGAUCCACCGCGAGUUGGAGGGCAUCCGUGAGAACCUGGAUGCGGUGAGCGCGCGCUCGGCGCAGGUUUUGGCGCAGCCCGAGGACGGAGCGUCGGCGCCGCUGCUGCGCUCCGAGCUGGAGGUGACGCUGCAGAAGAUGGAGCGCGUCUACAGCCUGUCCUGCAUCUACCUGGAGAAGCUGAAGACGAUCGCGGUGGUGAUCCGCAGCACUCGGGAGGCCGAGGAGCUGCUGCAGCUCUACGAGGAGCAGCUGAAGAGCGCCCACGCGGUGCCCGCCGACCUCCCGGAGCUCGAAGGCUGCUGCCAGGAGCUCAAGCGGCUGCGCUCGCAGUCGGCCGGGCACGCGGCGGCGUUUGCAGCGCUGCAGGAGGAGCUGCGCCGAGCGCGGGCGGUGAACGAGCGCAUGGAGCGCGGGCACGGCGAGGGCGACGCCGACCUGCAGCGCUUCGGGCAGCGCGUGGAGGCGCUGCUGCGGCGCUGGGACGCGGCGCUGGCGCAGAUGGAGCUGCGGCUGCGCGACCUGCAGCUGCUGGGCCGGAGGCUGCGCUGCUACCGGCAGAGCUGCGACGCGCUGCAGGAGUGGAUCCGCGACGCGCGGCUGCGCCAGGACGGCAUCCAAGCAGUGCCCGUCGGGGACAGCGCCGCCGUGCGGGAGCAGCUGCUGCAGCAGAAGAAGCUGCUGGAGGAAUGCGAGCAGCAGAAGGAGAAGGUGGAGGAGUGUCAGCGCUACGCCAAGCAGUACAUCGACGCCAUUAAGGACUACGAGCUGCAGCUCAUCACCUUCACGGCGCAGUUGGAGCCGCCGGCAUCGCCCGCCAAGAAGGCCAAAGUGCAGUCGGCGGCCGACAGCGUCAUCCAGGAGUACGUGGAGCUGCGCACGCGGUACAGCGAGCUGACGACGCUCAGCAGCCACUACAUCAAAUUCAUCACAGAGACGCUGCGGCGCAUGGAGCACGAGGAGAAAGCGGCCGAGAAGCUGAAGGAGGAGGAGCGUCGGCGCCUGGCGGAGGUGGAGGCGCAGCUGGAGGCGCAGCGGCAGCGGGCCGAGGCGCAGGCGCGGGCCAAGGCGCAGGCGGAGGCGGAGGCGCGGGAGCUGCAGCGGCUGAUGCGGGAGGAGGCGGCGCGGCGCGAGGCGGCGGCGGCGGACGCGGAGCGGCAGAAGCGGAACGUGGAGGAGGAGCUGCGGGAGCUGCGGCGCAGCUCGGAGCGGCAGGCGGAGAGCAAGGCCAAGCUGGCCGAGGAGGCGGAGCAGAGCCGCGCGCGGGUGGAGGAGGAGAUCCGGCUGGUGCGGCUGCAGCUGGACGGCACGGAGCGGCAGCGCGCGGGCGCCGAGGCGGAGCUGGCGGAGCUGCGGGCGCGCGCCGAGGAGGCGGAGCGGCAGAAGCGCGCGGCGCAGGAGGAGGCGGAGCGGCUGCGGCGGCAGGUGGCGGACGAGCGGCAGCGGAAGCGCGAGGCCGAGGAGGAGCUGCGGCUGCGGGCGGAGGCGGAGCGCGAGGCGGCGCGGGAGCAGCAGGCGGCGGCGGCCGACCUGGAGGCGCUGCGGCUGCGGGCGGAGGAGGCGGAGCGGCGGCGGCGGCAGGCGGAGGAGGAGAAGGAGCGGCAGGUGCGCGCGGCCGAGGAGGCGGCGCGGCGCAGCGCGGAGGCGGAGCUGCGCGGCAAGCGGCUGUCGCUGGCCGAGAAGGCGGAGCGGCUGGAGCGCUCGCUGCGCGAGGAGCACACGGCCGUGGAGCAGCUGCAGGAGGAGGCGGAGCGGCGGCGGCGGCUGCAGGCGGAGGCGGAGGCGGCGCGCGAGGAGGCGGAGCGCGAGGCGGAGCGCUGGCGCCUGAAGGCCAACGAGGCGCUGCGGCUGCGGCUGCGGGCCGAGGAGGUGGCGCAGCAGAAGGCGCUGGCGCAGCAGGAGGCCGAGAAGCAGAAGGAGGACGCGGAGCGCGAGGCCCGGCGGCGCGCCAAGGCCGAGGAGGCGGCGCUGCGGCAGAAGGAGGCGGCCGAGGCGGAGCUGGAGACGCAGCGCGCGCUGGCCGAGGGCACGGCGCAGCAGCGGCUGGCGGCCGAGCAGGAGCUGAUCCGGCUGAAGGCGCAGCUGGAGAACGGCGAGCAGCGGCGGCUGCUGCUGGAGGAGGAGCUGGGCCGGCUGCAGGAGGCGGCGGCGGAGGCGGCGCGGCGGCGCGCCGGGCUGGAGGAGGAGCUGGCCGGGCUGCGCGCCGAGGUGGAGCUGCUGCUGGAGAGCCAGGCGCGCGCCGAGGGCGAGUGGCGCAGCUGCAGCGAGAAGUCCAAGCAGCGGCUGGAGGAGGAGGCGGGGCGGCUGCGCGAGCUGGCCGAGGAGGCGGCGCGGCUGCGGGCGCAGUCGGACGAGGCGAAGCGGCAGCGGCUGCUGGCCGAGGAGGAGGCGGCGCGGCAGCGCGGCGAGGCGGAGCGCAGCCUGCAGGAGAAGCUGGCGGCCGUGGCCGAGGCGUCGCGGCUGAAGGCGGAGGCGGAGGUGGCGCUGGCCGAGAAGGAGGCGGAGAACGAGCGGCUGCGGCGCCUGGCCGAGGACGAGGCGUUCCAGCGGCGGCGGCUGGAGGAGCAGGCGGAGCAGCACCGGCGCGACGUGGAGGAGCGCAUCGCGCAGCUGAAGCGCGCCUCCGAGGGCGAGCUGGAGCGGCAGCGCGCGCUGCUGGAGGACACGCAGCGGCAGCGGCGCCAGGUGGAGGAGGAGAUCCGCGCGCUGAAGGGCGGCUUCGAGCGCGCCGCCGCCGGCCAGGCCGAGCUGGAGCGCGAGCUGGGCCGCAUCCGCGCCGAGGCCGAGGAGGCGCAGCGCAGCCGCGAGCGGGCGGAGCGCGAGGCCGAGCGGCAGCGCCGGGCCGCGGCCGAGGAGGAGGGCCGGCGGCGCGAGGCCGAGGAGCGCGCGCGCGCCAUGGCCGAGGCGGAGGAGGAGGCGGCGCGGCAGCGGCGGGCGGCGCUGGAGGAGGCGGAGCGGCUGCGGGCCACGGUGGAGGAGGCGCGGCGGCAGAAGGAGGCGGCGGAGCGCGAGGCCGAGCGGCAGGUGCAGCUGGCGCGCGAGGCGGCGCAGAAGCGCGUGGCGGCCGAGGAGAAGGCGCGCGCGGCGGCCGUGCGCGAGAAGGAGCGCGAGCUGCAGGAGCUGCAGCGGCAGGAGCAGAGCGCGCUGGAGCGGCUGCGGCUGGAGGCGGAGGGCGCGCGGCGGGCGGCCGAGGAGGCGGAGGCGGCGCGCGGCGCGGCCGAGGAGGACGCGCGGCUGUCGCGGCUGCGCGUGGAGGAGGCGGAGCGGCAGCGGCGGCGCGCCGAGGAGGAGGCGCAGGCGCAGGCGCGGGCGCAGGCGGAGGCGGAGGCGCUGCGGGUGGAGGCGGAGCGGGAGGCGGAGCGGCGGGCGCAGGCGGAGCGGGCGGCGCUGCGGCAGAGGGAGCUGGCGGACGCCGAGACGGAGGAGCAGCGGCGGCUGGCCGAGCAGGCGCUGCGGCAGAAGGCGCAGGUGGAGCAGGAGCUGGGCCGCGUGCGGCUGCGGCUGGACGAGAGCGCGCAGCAGAAGGCCGUGCUGGACGGCGAGCUGCGGCGGCUGAAGGAGGAGGCGGGCGAGGCGGCGCGGCAGCGCGCGCGGGCCGAGGAGGAGCUGGCGCGGCUGCGGGCGCAGCUGGAGGAGCUGGCGCGGCUGAAGGGGCUGGCGGAGGAGGAGAGCAAGGCGCUGGCGCUGCGCGGCGAGGAGGAGGCGCGCAAGGCGCUGGCCGAGGAGGCCGAGAAGCUGCGGCGCGCGGCCGAGGAGGCGGCGCGGCUGGGCGUGGAGGCGCAGGAGGCGGCGCGGCUGCGGCGCGAGGCCGAGGACGACCUGGCCCAGCAGCGGGCGCUGGCCGAGCGCGUGCUGCGCGAGAAGAUGCAGGCGCUGCAGGAGGCGGCGCGGCUGCGCGCCGAGGCCGAGGCGCUGCAGAAGCAGAAGGAGCUGGCGCAGGAGCGCGCCAAGCAGCUGCACGAGGACCGCGAGGAGAUGCGGCGCCGCCUGGCCCAGGAGACCGAGGGCUUCCAGAAGACGCUGGAGGCCGAGCGGCGCCGGCAGCUGGACGCCGCGGCCGAGGCGGAGCGCCUGAAGCUGCGCGUGGCCGAGCUGAGCGCGGCGCAGAGCGCGGCGCAGGAGGAGGCGCAGCGCUUCCGGCGCCAGGCCGAGGACAUCGGCGCGCGGCUGCACGAGAGCGAGCUGGGCGCCCAGGAGAAGCUGGCGCAGGUGCAGGCGCUGCAGGAGCGGCGGCUGCAGAGCGACCGCGACGCCGAGAAGCUGCGCGGCGCCAUCGCCGAGCUGGAGCGCGAGAAGGACGGGCUGAAGCGCGAGGCCGAGCUGCUGCAGCGCCGCGCCGAGGAGCUGGAGGUGGCCCAGCAGGCGCAGCUCCGCCAGGAGACGCAGUCCCUGCAGGAGUCCUUCCUGCAAGAGAAGGACGCUCUGCUGCAGAAGGAGAAGUUCAUCGAGGAGGAGAAGGCCAAGCUGGAGCAGCUCUUCCAGGCCGAGGUGGGCAAAGCGCAGAGCCUGCAGGCCGAGCAGGAGCGGCAGCAGCGGGAGAUGGAGCAGGAGAAGCGGCGGCUGCGGGCCAUGCUGGACGAAGCCAAGCGGCAGCAGGAGGAGGCGGAGGAGAGCGCGCGCCGCAAGCAGGACGAGCUGCAGCAGCUGCAGAAGCAGCGGCAGCGGCAGGAGAAGCUGCUGGAGGAGGAGAACCAGAAGCUGCGCGAGCGGCUGCGGCGGCUGCAGGAGGAGCGGCAGCGCGGCGCGGCGGCGCCCACGCGGGAGAUGAUGAUCCAGACGGACGCGGCGCCGCAGGAGCCGUCGGAGCUGCCCAACGGCCGCCACGCUUUGGACGGCCCGGAGCAGAACGGAGAGCCCGAAUUCGCCUUCCAGGGCAUCCGGCAGAAGGUGUCGGCGCGGCAGUUGGCGGCCGCCGGCGUCCUGAGCGGCCACAGCCUGGGCCAGCUGGCCGAGGGGGCGGUCAGCGUGGAGGAGCUGGAGCGGCGCGACGACGUCCGCGCCUUCCUGCAGGGCCGCGGCUGCAUCGCCGGGCUGCUGACCGAGCCCGGCCGCCAGAAGCUGAGCGUCUACGAGGCCAUGAAGCGGCGGCUGCUCAGCCCCGGCGCCGCUCUGCUGCUGCUGGAGGCGCAGGCGGCCACCGGCUUCGUGCUGGACCCCGUCGGCAACGCCCGGCUGUCGGUGGACGAGGCGGUGAAGGCCGGCGUGGUGGGGCCGGAGCUGCACAGCAAGCUGCUGUCGGCCGAGCGCGCCGUCACCGGCUACAAGGACCCCUACACCGGCGACAAGAUCUCGCUCUUCCAGGCCAUGCGGAAGGGGCUGAUCCCGCACGAGCACGGCGGCCGCCUGCUGCAGGCGCAGAUGGCCACCGGCGGCGUCGUCGACCCCGUGCACAGCCACCGCGUGCCCGUCGAGGCGGCCUACGAGCGCGGGCUGCUGGACGAGGAGACGCAGCGCGUCCUGUCCGAGGCCGGCGACGCCGCCAAGGGCUUCCUGGACCCCAACACGCAGGAGAGCCUCACCUACGUGCAGCUGAUGGAGCGCUGCGUGGAGGACCCCGAGAGCGGGCUGCUGCUGCUGCCGCUUAGCAGCCAGGCGGCCGCCGGCCCGGAGCUGCGGUGCAGCGAGCAGGAGGCCGAAGACGUCUUCAAGAAGGCCACGGUGAGCGCCCCGUUCGGCCGCUUCCAAGGGAAGACGGUGACCGUGUGGGAGAUCAUCAACUCCGAGUACUUCACGGAGGAGCAGCGGCGGGAGCUGAUCCGGCAGUACCGCGGCGGCACGGUGACGGUGGAGAAGAUCAUCCGCAUCGUCAUCACGGUGCUGGAGGAGGGCGAGAAGAAGAGGCAGCUGCUGUUCGAGGGGCUGCGCGGCCCCGUGCCCGCCGCCGAGCUGCUGGAGAGCCGCGUCAUCGACAAGGACACGUACGACCGGCUGCGGCAGGGCGACGCCACCGUGGCCGAGGUGGCCGAGACGGAGGCGGUGCGGCGCUCCCUGCGGGGCGCCGACGCCAUCGCCGGCGUGCUGCUGGAGUCCAGCGGGGAGACGCUGAGCUUCUACGAGGCGCAGAGGAGGAAGCUGCUGAAGCCGGAGGUGGCGCUGGCUCUGCUGGAGGCGCAGGCGGCCGCCGGCUUCGUCAUGGAGCCGGCGAGCGGCGGGCUGUACACGGUGGACGAGGCGGUGAAGGCCGAGGUGGUGGGGCCGGAGGUCCACGAGCGGCUGCUGUCGGCGGAGAAGGCGGUGAGCGGCUACAAGGACCCCUACACCGGGCAGACGGUCGCCCUGUUCCAGGCGCUGAAGAAGGGCUUGGUCCCCGCCGACGCCGGCGUGCGGCUGCUGGACGUGCAGCUGCGCACCGGCGGCGUCGUCGACCCGGCCAGCAGCCACCGCCUGCCCCUCGACGUCGCCUACCGGCGCGGCUGCCUGGACGCCGAGACCAAGGAGGCUUUGGAGGAGCUGCGCGCCUUCGACUGCCCCGAGAGCCGGCGGCGCGUGGGCUACGCGCAGCUGCAGCGGAGCUGCCGCCGGGACGAGCGGACGGGCUUCCUGCUGCUGCCGCUGUCGGACGCCGCCGUCCGGGCGCAGCAGGAGGAGGUGUACACGGACGCGCAGGCCGAGGAGAGCCUGGGCAAGGCCACGGUGGAGGUGCCGGCCGGCGGCCUGCGCGGGCGCGCGCUGAGCGUGUGGGAGCUGAUCCACUCGGAGUACUUCAGCGAGGAGCAGCGGCGCGAGCUGCUGCGGCAGUACAGGACGGGCAAGGUGACGGUGGAGAAGGUCAUCAAGAUCGUCAUCACCGUCGUCGAGGAGGCCGAGGGCAGGAAGAGGGAGAAGCUGAGCUUCGCGGGGCUGCGGGCGCCGGUGCCGGCCGGCGAGCUGCUGGAGGCGCGCAUCCUCAGCGCGGAGCAGUACGAGCGGCUGCGGGACGGCGGCGCCUCGGUGAAGGAGCUGGCCCAGACGGAGGCGGUGCGGCGCUUCCUGCGCGGCGGCGGCUGCGUCGCCGGCGUCUACGUGGAGGCCAGCAAGGAGAAGCUGAGCGUCUACGAGGCCAUGCGGAGGAACCUGCUGCGGGCCGGCACCGGCCUGCUGCUGCUGGAGGCGCAGGCGGCCACCGGCUUCCUGCUGGACCCGGCGACGAACCGCAAGCUCUACGUCAACGAGGCGGUGAAGGCCGGCGUGGUGGGGCCCGAGCUGCACGAGAAGCUGCUGUCGGCCGAGAAGGCCGUCACCGGCUACAAGGACCCCUACUCGGGGAACACCGUCUCGCUCUUCGAGGCCAUGCGGAAGGGGCUGAUCCCGCACGAGCACGGCGGCCGCCUGCUGCAGGCGCAGAUGGCCACCGGCGGCGUCGUCGACCCCGUGCACAGCCACCGCGUGCCCGUCGAGGUGGCCUACGAGCGCGGGCUGCUGGACGAGGAGACGCAGCGCGUCCUGUCCGAGGCCGGCGACGCCGCCAAGGGCUUCCUGGACCCCAACACGCAGGAGAGCCUCACCUACGUGCAGCUGAUGGAGCGCUGCGUGGAGGACCCCGAGAGCGGGCUGCUGCUGCUGCCGCUGCGGGAGCCCGAGAAGCCGACGGUGGUGGAGACGACGCGGCUGUACACGGAGGAGGAGACGCGGAAGGUGUUCGAGGAGACGCGGGUGGACAUCCCCGUGGGCAGCCGGGCCGGCUCCUCCAUGUCGCUGUGGGAGAUCAUGCAGUCGGAUCUGCUGCCCGAGGAGCAGCGGCGGCAGCUGCUGGAGGAGUUCCAGGCGGGCCGCGUCUCCAAGGAGCGCAUGAUCAUCAUCAUCAUCGAGAUCAUCGAGCGGACCGAGAUCGUCCGGCAGCAGAACCUCGCCUCCUUCGACUACGGCCGGCGCCGCGUCACGGCCGAGGAGCUCCUCGAGGCCAAGGUGAUCUCGCAGGAGAUCUACCGGCUGCUGAAGGCCGGCUCCAAGACCUUCCGCGAGCUGCUGGAGGACGAGGCCGUCCGCAGGUGCCUCUACGGCUCGGGCUGCGUGGCCGGCGUCUACGUGCCCUCCUCCAAGCAGACGCUGAGCGUCUACCAGGCGCUGAAGAAGGGGCUGAUGAACGCCGAGGCGGCCCGCUGCCUGCUGGAGGCCCAGGCGGCCACCGGCUUCGUGGUGGACCCCGUCAAGAACGAGAUGCUGACGGUGGACGAGGCCGUGCGCAAAGGCGUGGUGGGGCCCGAGGUCCACGACCGCCUGCUGUCGGCCGAGAGGGCCGUCACCGGCUACCGGGACCCCUACAGCGAGCAGAAGAUCUCCGUCUUCCAGGCCAUGCGGAAGGAGCUGGUGCCGAGCGAGGAGGCCCUCAAGCUCCUGGACGCCCAGCUGGCCACCGGCGGCGUCAUCGACCCGCGCCUGGGCUUCCACCUGCCCCUGGAGGUGGCCUGCCACCGCGGCUUCGUCAACAAGGAGACGGCCGACCUGCUGGCCGAGCCCAGCGAGGUGCGCAGCUUCCCGGACCCGUCCACCGACGAGAGGCUGAGCUACACGCAGCUGCUGCGGCGCUGCCGCAAGGACGAGGGCAGCGGGCUGCUGCUGCUGCCGCUGGGCGACGCGCGCCGCCUCACCUUCCGCGGGCUGCGCAAGCAGAUCACCGUGGAGGAGCUGGUCCUGUCGCAGGUGAUGGACGAGGCCACGGCGCAGCGGCUGCACGAGGGGCUGGCGUCCGUCGAGGAGGUCUCCAGGGACCUGAAGAAGUUCCUGGAGGGCACCAGCUGCAUCGCCGGCGUCCUCGUCGACUCCACCAAGGAGCGGCUCUCCGUCUACCAGGCCAUGAAGAAGGGCAUCAUCCGGCCCGGCACCGCCUUCGAGCUGCUGGAGGCGCAGGCGGCCACGGGGUACGUCGUCGACCCCAUCAAGGGGCUGAAGCUGACGGUGGAGGAGGCCGUGCGCAUGGGCAUCGUGGGGCCCGAGUUCAAGGACAAGCUGCUCUCGGCCGAGCGCGCCGUCACCGGCUACCGCGACCCCUACACCGGGAAGCUCAUCUCCCUCUUCCAGGCCAUGAAGAAGGGGCUGAUCCUGAAGGACCACGGCAUCCGCCUGCUGGAGGCGCAGAUCGCCACCGGCGGCAUCAUCGACCCCGAGGAGAGCCACCGCCUGCCCGUCGAGGUGGCCUACGAGCGCGGGCUGUUCGACGAGGAGAUGAACGAGGUGCUGUCCGACCCCAGCGACGACACCAAGGGCUUCUUCGACCCCAACACGGAGGAGAACCUCACCUACCUGCAGCUGAUGGAGCGCUGCGUCACCGACCCCGAGACCGGGCUGCGGCUGCUGCCGCUGAAGGAGAAGAAGCGCGAGAGGAAGACCUCGUCCAAGUCGUCGGUCCGCAAGCGCCGCGUGGUCAUCGUCGACCCGGAGACGGGCAAGGAGAUGUCGGUGUACGAGGCGUACCGCAAGGGCCUCAUCGACCACCAGACCUACCUGGAGCUGUCGGAGCAGGAGUGCGAGUGGGAGGAGAUCACCACCUCCUCGUCGGACGGCGUGGUCAAGUCCAUGAUCAUCGACCGGCGCUCGGGCCGCCAGUACGACAUCGACGACGCCAUCUCCCGCGGCCUCAUCGACCAGUCGGCGCUGGACCAGUACCGCUCCGGCGCGCUCUCCAUCACCGAGUUCGCCGACAUGCUCUCCGGCAACGUGGGCGGCUUCCGCUCGCGCUCGUCCUCCGUGGGCUCCUCCUCGUCCUCCUACUCGGCCAGCCCGGCCCCGCCGAGGCUGCCCGGCGCGGCGUGGAGCGACCCCAGCGAGGAGACGGGCCCGGUGGCCGGCAUCCUGGACACCGACACGCUGGAGAAGGUGUCCGUCACCGAGGCCAUGCGCCGCAACCUGGUGGACAACAUCACGGGGCAGCGGCUGCUGGAGGCGCAGGCCUGCACCGGCGGCAUCAUCGACCCCGGCACGGGCGAGCGCUGCUCGGUGGCCGACGCGGUGAGCAAGGGGCUGGUGGACAGGAUCAUGGUGGACCGCAUCAACCUGGCGCAGAAGGCCUUCUCCGGCUUCGAGGACCCGCGCACCAAGACCAAGAUGUCGGCGGCGCAGGCGCUGAAGAAGGGCUGGCUGUACUACGAGGCCGGGCAGCGCUUCCUGGAGGUGCAGUACCUGACCGGGGGGCUGAUCGAGCCCGACGCCGCCGGCCGCGUCUCCCUGGACGAGGCGCUGCAGAAGGGCACCAUCGACGCGCGCACGGCCCAGAAGCUGCGCGACGUCGCCACCUACUCCAAGUACCUCACGUGCCCCAAGACCAAGCUGAAGAUCUCCUACAAGGACGCCAUGGAGCGCAGCAUGAUCGAGGACGGCACCGGCCUGCGGCUGCUCGAGGCCUCGGCCCGCUCCUCCAAGGGAUACUACAGCCCCUACAACGUCAGCGGCGCCGGCUCCGCCGCCGGCUCGCGCUCCGGCUCCCGCACCGGCUCGCGCUCGGGAUCGCGGCGCGGCAGCUUCGACGCCACCGGCUCCGGCUUCUCCAUGACCUUCUCGUCUUCCUCCUACUCGUCCUCCAGCUUCGGCCGCAGAUACGCCGCGGCCCCGCGCGGCGCCGGCGAGGCGGCCGCGCCGGCGUUGGCCCCGGGGUGGGCGGCGCUCCCCGGCGCGGCGGCGCUGAGCGCGGCGUGAUGAUGGUGCCGCCACGCCGGCCCCUCGCCGGCCCGCUUCCUUCCUUCCCCCUACCCCCACCCUUGGCCCUUUUUAAACUCGAUAGCCUUCUUCCAAAGCAGUGCCUAAACAAGUUUAACCAAAAAAAAAAACAACAAAGAAAGACUCCACUAAUAUAUUAAUAAACGCCAUCGCUCCGACA